GAGAGGGAUUCAGGCUCUGCUCCCUGGGAACAAGAGACAGGAUGAGAGGAAAUGGCCCCACGUUGCACUAGAGGAGGUUUAAUUGGAUAUUAGGGAAAAUUCCUUCAUGGAAAAGGUUGCCCAGCCCUGGCACAGCUGCUCAGGGCAGUGGUGGAGUUCCCAUCCCUGGAGGGAUUUAAAAGCCACGUGGAUGUGGCACUCGGGGACACGGUGCCGGGGGAAUGGUUGGGCUGGAUGUGCUCAGAGGGCUUUUCCGGCCCCACUGGUGCUGUGAUUCUCUGCAACCCAUCACUGGGGCACUGCUGAAGAAGGUGGGAGGAAGCCCCUCCCCAUGGCAGAUAACCCAGAGGGCACUUCCAGAGCUCCAGGAGCUCCAGCAGUGCUGGAGAGAGGAGGUGACCCUGGGCUCCAGGCCUGGCUGCAGAGGAUCAGCGGUGGCAGAGGAUUAGUGUUGGACAGGAUUUGCUCUUUGGCACCGGGGCUGUCAGCUCUGCAGGGCAGGAAAGAUGUCAGACGGUUUCUCUUUAUCUGAUGCCUUGGCCAACAGCAACAACCCAGCCCCCUGCGCCCCCCCAGCCCAGGGCUGGCCCGCCUGGGGGAACCAACCAGCAGCUCCUGGUGCCUUCCCAGCCUAUCCUGGAGCACCUGGAGCCUAUCCUGGAGCACCUGGAACCUAUCCUGGAGCACCUGGAACCUGUCCUCCAGGACCUGGAGUAUUCCCUGCAGCACCAGGAGCAUACCCUGGAGCUUAUCCUGGAGGAUCAGCAGCGUAUCCAGGAGCACCUGGAGCAUUCCCUGGAGCUCCACCAGCAACAGGGCCGUUUCCUGCCCCAGGACAACCAUCCAGUGGCCCUGGAUUUGGGCCUUCUGCUCCUCAGGGGGGACCAACAGCUCCACAGGGAGGACCAGCUCCUCCUCAGGGAGGACCAACCUCUCCAAUGAAAGUCCCCUUUGAGCUGCCCCUGCAGGCAGGACUCGUCCCUCGGCUGCUCAUCACCAUCACUGGGACUGUGAACCCCAACCCAAACAGGUUUGCACUGGAUUUCAAGAGAGGGAAUGACGUUGCCUUCCACUUCAACCCCCGCUUCAACGAAGACAACAGGAAAGUCAUCGUCUGCAACUCCAUGUUCCAAAAUACCUGGGGGAAGGAGGAGAGGACAGCUCCCAGGUUUCCAUUUGAAGCUGGAAAACCCUUCAAGCUCCAGGUCCUUUGUGAGACGGAUCACUUCAAGGUGGCCGUGAACGACGCGCACUUGCUGCAGUACAACUUCCGCGAGAAGAGGCUGAACGAGGUCACCAAGCUCUGCAUCGGGGGGGACAUCGCCCUCACCAGCGUGGUGCCCACCAUGAUUUAACUGGGGGGGACUCUGGGCAAAGCCUGCUCUUCUAUGUGUAACACAAGUGCCUUCUCAGCAGCUCACUGUGAGGUAAUAAAACAUUUAACCUGUAAAA